AAUGGCGAGCCGUCAUUGGUCGGCCACUACCACGUGAACAGGCCACGAUGGAGGUUCACGACGUCGGCUAGGGAUCCACGAUCGCACAGUCAGCUGCUUAAGGUCCGGUUGGCCAGUCGCAGCCAGCGAAUAGUUCUUCUCAAGGUAGACGGGUGUAGCAGCCAGGUACCACGAUGGCGGACGACGAGAGAAAACGUCUCGAGGAUGAAAAGAAGAGGAAACAGGCGGAGACGGACAGAAAGAGGGCGGAGGUCCGCGCCCGUCUCGAAGAGGCUUCCAAAGCCAAGAAGGCGAAGAAGGGUUUCAUGACCCCUGACAGGAAGAAGAAGCUUAGGUUGUUGCUGCGUAAGAAAGCCGCCGAGGAAUUGAAGAAGGAACAAGAGAGAAAGGCGGCCGAGAGGAGGCGCAUCAUCGAGGAGCGUUGCGGAAAGCCGAAGAACGUCGACGACGCUAGCGAAGAAUCCCUGAAGCGCGUGCUGCGCGAGUACCACAAUAGGAUCACAGCAUUGGAGGAUCAAAAAUUCGACCUCGAAUAUGUUGUUAAGAAGAAGGAUUACGAGAUCGCGGACUUGAACAGCCAGGUGAACGACCUCCGAGGUAAAUUCAUGAAACCAACACUGAAGAAAGUGUCCAAGUACGAGAACAAGUUCGCCAAGCUCCAGAAGAAAGCGGCCGAGUUCAACUUCCGUAACCAGCUUAAACAGGUCAAGAAGAAGGAAUUCACCCUCGAGGAGGAAGACAAGGAGAAGAAGCCCGACUGGUCGAAGAAAGGCGAGGAAAAGAAGGUAAAGGAGGAGGAGGUCGAGGCAUGAGGCUAUUGACGUUACGCUCGUUCUCGACGUGUUUUUUCGAGAAGGGAUCGUCCAUCCAUCCAUCCAGAUAACAUCUCGCAACAAGCAACAAACUUCCUCAUUGCUACUUCUUUUUAUUCAUUCUUUUUUUUUUUCUUCUUCUUCUUCUUUUUUUCUUCUUGUUUCUUCUCGUCUCGAUUAAUAUUACAAUAUUGCAACUCCCGAAAUGCACGUAUAAAAAAAAAAAAAAAAAAAAAAAAAAAAAAAAAAAAAAAAAAAAAAAGAAAAGAUCAAACCGUAUGUGCCCGUAUGUCUACGAUGAAUUCCUCGAUUUGUAUCGAGAGAAUUCACCAUCGGAUAUCGAUUCGUGUUCUAAUCCAAAGAAUUCAGAAUUUUGUGACUGACCGAUUUCUUUUUUUUUCUUUUUUUUUUUUUCUUCUUCUUCUUGUUCUUCUCGUCUACGAGAUGUAUGUAUAUAUAUAUAUUUUUUUAAAAAGGAAACAAAAACCCUGUAUCGUUCUCCGUCUCUGUCGAUUUGUUUUUUUUUUUUUUUUUUUUUUUACACUGUCAAUCCUCACUCAUGUAUCACUAUGUUGAUUCGUAAUUCUCUGUGAACCGGAUGAAGGGAGAAAUGAAACGUAAUUGGGAAUAAUAACAAGAAAGGGAAAUCGUUACUUAAGAUUUAUUGUAAAUCAAAAUAUUUAACAACUAUGAAAUACA